AUGAGGUCAUCGUCAUUUGGGAGCAGCUCGAAGAGGUCAAGUUACAGCCACUUGCCGGAGGGUUCCCGGGAGGGGCCGGAGUAUGGAGUCGGUGGCGCAAUGCUGCCGGUUUUUCUCAACGAUUUGAGACGAAAUAAUGGAGAUGAUUUUGUUGAAGUCACGUUAGAGCUUGACGAUAAUUCUAUUCUGUUUUGUAGCGUUGCACCUACAUCUAACCCCGCGACCUCUUCCGCCGCCGGAGAGGAGUCAGUGAGUGGAUUUUUGAAAAGGAGUUCCUCAGCAGCGUCAAAGUUGCGCCGAAAGCUCUCAUGGCGGAGGUCGGCAUCGUCGAGGGCGUCGGCUUCCGACGUGGAGGAACAGCACGAGGCGGCGGUUACAUCGGCGCGCGAGCUGAUGAAAAUGAAAGCCAAGCUUGUGAGGAAUAAAUCGAGCGCUCAAAGAGCUCUCGGUGGACUGAGAUUCAUUAGCAAAAACACUGGCGAAUCGGACUCCAAUGUACUGUGGAAACAAGUCGAGGCUCGAUUCGACGACAUGGCUAAAGACGGCUUGCUCUCCAGAGAAGAUUUUGGUGAAUGCAUAGGGAUGCCGGAAUCGAAGGAAUUUGCAGUGGCCGUGUUUGAUGCGCUGGCACGGCGGCGGAGGCAGAAGACGGCGAGGAUAACGAAGGCGGAGCUGCAUGAGUAUUGGCUACAAAUAUCGGAUCAGAGUUUCGAUGCACGUCUACAGAUUUUCUUUGACAUGGCGGAUAGCAAUGGAGAUGGAAGAAUCACGAGAGAUGAAGUGCAAGAGCUAAUAAUGUUGAGUGCUUCUGCAAAUAAAUUAUCCAAUUUGAAAGAACGUGCAGAGGAAUACGCCUCUUUAAUAAUGGAAGAAUUAGACCCAGACAACAUUGGGUACAUCGAGUUAUGGCAGUUGGAAACACUUCUACUACAAAGGGACAGCUACAUGAACUACAGCAGACCUAUAAGCACAACAAGUGCAGGAUGGAGCCAAAAUUUAAGUGCCCUCAAAGCCAAAAGCAUAGUUAAUAAAAUCGGGUCGACACUUAAGUGUCUCCUGUUAGACAAUUGGCAAAGGGGAUGGAUUUUAAUGCUAUGGAUAAUAGCCAUGGCUGGACUUUUCACCUGGAAGUUCCUUCAGUACAGGCAGAAGGCAGCAUUUCAAAUAAUGGGAUACUGCUUAACAACAGCAAAAGGAGCUGCUGAGACGCUUAAACUCAACAUGGCUCUUGUACUUUUACCAGUCUGCCGGAAUAUAUUAACAUGGCUGAGAUCCACAAGAGCCAGGCUGUUCAUCCCUUUUGACGACAACAUUAACUUUCACAAGAUGAUAGCAUGCGGAAUAGCAGUUGGAAUCAUACUACAUGCAGGAAACCAUAUACUAUGUGAUUUUCCUCGUGUAAUUCAUUCAUCCCCGGAAAAGUUUGCACUCAUAGCAACAGAUUUCAAUAAUGUAAAACCCACCUAUGCCAGCCUUCUGACUGGUGUUGAAGGCUCGACCGGGAUUUCUAUGGUAGUGCUAAUGACAAUUGCAUUCACACUAGCAACUCGGAGUUUUCGAAAAAAUGGGGUGAAGUUGCCACCGCCCUUCAACAAACUAACAGGCUUCAAUGCAUUCUGGUAUUCUCAUCACCUUCUCGUUGUGGUAUACAUAUUACUCCUGAUCCAUGGGACCUCCUUGUUCUUGGUCCACAAAUGGUACCAGAAAACGACAUGGAUGUACAUAUCAGUUCCCCUGUUCCUUUAUGUAGCUGAACGAAGUCUGAGAAGGUGUAGGUCUGAACAUUAUGCAGUCAAGAUUUUGAAGGUUUCUGUACUUCCAGGAGGCGUCUUCAGCUUGAUUAUGGCAAAGCCAAAUGGAUUUAAAUACAAAAGUGGGCAGUAUAUAUUUCUACAAUGUCCAAAAAUCUCCACGUUUGAAUGGCAUCCAUUUUCACUGACUUCAGCUCCAGGAGACAACUACCUUAGUGUUCACAUCCGUACAGUAGGAGACUGGACAAGAGAACUUAAAAGAGUUUUUACGGAAGAUAACAGUUCGGCAUGUGUGAUUGGUCGAGCUAAGUUCGGAGCACUGGGGAAUGUUGAUCAAACAGGUCUACCUAAAUUACUUGUCGAUGGACCAUAUGGAGCUCCAGCACAAGACUACCAGAACUAUGAUGUAUUACUUCUUGUGGGACUUGGAAUAGGAGCUACUCCUUUCAUAAGUAUCCUCAAGGAUCUAAUAAACAUUACAAAACCAGAAGACCAAGUGGACUCAACCACAGAAGCCAGCAAAUCAGAUGAUAGCUCAACUAGUUUUGGCUCUUCAAGCAUUGCAUCAAAUGGAAAGAAGAAAUCAGAAAGGAGAAGGAGUGCACAUUUCUACUGGGUUACCAGGGAACACGGAUCCUUCGAGUGGUUUAAAGGAGUGAUGAAUGAAGUUGCUGAGAUGGAUCACAAAGGUCAAAUUGAGAUGCAUAAUUAUUUAACAAGUGUUUAUGAAGAGGGUGAUGCAAGGUCAACUCUCAUCACCAUGGUCCAAGCUCUAAACCAUGCCAAGAACGGAGUUGAUAUCCUAUCUGGCACCAGAGUGAGGACACAUUUCGCAAGACCGGAUUGGAGAGAAGUAUUCAACAAAAUAGCGUCAAAGCAUCCAUUUUCAACAAUAGGAGUUUUCUACUGUGGAAUGCCUAUCUUGGCAAAGGAGCUGAAGAAAUUGUCAAAAGAAAUGACUUACAGAACGUCCACAAGAUUUGAAUUUCACAAGGAAUACUUUUGA